AUGGUACAACACAGCACGGGACGCUGCGAAGUGUGGGGGGCACCUCCACCAGCGGAAAUUCCAACUCACAUUGCGAUAACAGCUAUUCAACGUCAUUCUUUUACCAACUCAUGUGUUGCCAAGAGGACAUUCCUUGUGCUCGGUCGCGAUCGUACCCUCACUUAUUCGCGCAUCGCCACACACGUCGCCAUUGCCCUCUUCAUCGGCAUUUUGUACUCGGGUAUCGGCAUGAUGCGAGGUAACAUGCUCAAUAAUUUCAAUUUUAUGUUCUUCACGGUCAUGUUUUUGAUGUUGACGGCUUUCAAUUGUGUUACAACAACAUUUCCAUCGCAGUUACCAAUUAUAGUAAAAGAACAUUUUAACCAAUGGUACUCAUUGGGUGCGUAUUAUUUAGCGGUGACGUUUGCUGAUAUUCCAAUACAGGCGUUAGCUACUUUGCUCUAUGCUGUAAUGACUUAUUUCAUGACAUCUCAGCCGUACGAUGCGUACCGAUUCCUGCUGUUUCUAGUCAUGUGCAUUCUCAUUUCGCUCGUAUCUCAAAGUUUUGGUAUGGUUAUCGGCGCCUCAAUGGAUGUCAAGAAUGGUGUUAUUUUUGGACCGUUCUGCUUUUUGCCAUUUGUAAUCUUCUCUGGAUUCUUUGUCCAGCUGAGCAAAGCUCAUCCGUACAUGCAGUGGCUGUUUCACACCUCUUUUCUAAAAUAUAGUUUUGAGGGUUUGAUGUUAGCGAUUUUUGGCUAUGAUCGCCCCAAACUACCCUGCGAAUUAGAGGAUUACUGCCAUUUUGUGUAUCCGCAGCGCUUCCUCGAAGAAAUGGACAUGAGCCACGCGAGCUACGCAUUUUCGGUGUACUUCCUCUUGGGACUAGUGCUUUUUCUAAGAAUUUUAGCUUUCCUUGCUCUUACAAUACAAAUUCGUAGGAGGAGAUGAUAAAGGUUUCAAAUUUAUCUUUAUGUGAUGCUGAAGAGAACUAUUUGUGUUCAUUUUUUAUACAUAUGCUAUGGACAUUGAAAAGAAAAGAAAUCAACGCACAAACAAUUGCAAGAUUUGGUAACUUUAUGCAACUUUGAGAAUUAUAUUGUCCAGUUUUGACCAUUUAUAUAUCUAAGAAUGUAGCUAAGAAAUUUUCAAAGACCUAGUACAUAAACCAUAAAGAUAGUUGUGAUAUUUACAAAUUCAACGAGGAAACGUUCAAGGAAACAGACUGAUAAAAAAAAGUAACGAGCAAUAUCCAUAUGAGUUACAAAAGCAUAGUAAACAGGCAUUUAUCAAUUUAUAAUCGGAAAAUAAUUCAAAGGAAACAAAUGUAUUCUAAAAAUUGAUUGUAAAUAUUUUCAUAGAUAGUUUCGUACCAUAUUAUUGAUAUAAAUAUCGUGUUGGUCUUUUUUUAUGUGAUGACAUUACCGUCAAUAGAAUUUACGCGUUUCUAUUAUUACAUCCAUCGAUUUGAUCGAUGAUUCAAUAUGAGUAGAUAGGGUAUAUUAAUUUUGUAUGAAAUAGUUGUAGUUAUUAACUAGUGAGCAGUCACAUGGCCAUUCCAAUUUGAAGUUUAGUUGUGCAGAAGACAAGGGAAUACGUGAAUGACACAAAGCAAUGAGACAAAUAAGACAAUAUACAAUGUGAAAUUCACAGAUUGUAUGAUGCACAAAGGGAGAUUAUAAGAGUAUACAUAUUUAUAAAUUUAUACGAUAAUAUAAUUAGUGUUUUUUAUUGAGAUCGCUGGAUGUGUAAGUGUAGAAUGUUUAAAUUUGUUGAAUUAUGUUCAAUGUUUCGUUAACUUCUACAAAUUUAUUAGUUGAAUUUAUGUUUGAUUGAUUUGACUUUUAUUCAAAUGAAAUAAACCUGUUUUAUCUGAGUAAAA